UAUGUCAAGAGGAAUGAAUAGAACGCCUACGAUUAUAAGUGUUCAACCAAAGAAAGAAGAUGACAAACUUUCUUUAAAUGAUCAAAAUAUGAAAGAAUUUAUAUUGCCUGGUUUGUCAGAAUUAGCUUUCCUUCAAGAUGUAGAUUUGGUUCGUAUUGAACAGCAAAUGCCCUUUGAUUUAAAAGCUGGAUGUGGAGCUGGAAAUACUUAUAAUAUUUAUGAUAGAAAUCAUGAAAGGAUACUCUACGCUGUUGAAGAUGCAAAUUGCUUCUGUAGAUGGACAUGUGGUCCUCACAGAAUGUUUCAUAUUACUGUUUAUUUGCCGGACGAUACUCCGGUACUUCAUUUUGAUAGAUCUUGUUGCAGAUGCGACUGGUGCUGCUGCUUUAAUUGUUGCCUUUGUCAGCAUAGCUUGGAGAUAAGAGAUACUCAUGGUUGGAUUUUGGGAAGAGUAAGAGAGAGAUUUCAUAUUUUCAACUUGAAACUUACGGUUGAAGAUCCUGAAGAGGAGAUCUUUAUGCGAGUUAGAGGUAGUUGCUGCGCUUGCCGAUGUUGUACCGAUAUGCACUUUGAUAUAAUAAAUGAUACAGGAGUAAAAGAAGUAGGUUACAUCAGUAAAAAAUAUCUUGCAAAAGAAGUAAAGGAAGGAAAGAGAAGGAUAAACGUCAGUCAUGAAUAUUGCGAGAUGUAUAUCCAUGAGGAGACCUCUUCAAAGAAUAUUCACACAAGGUUAAAAAGCUAUUUUGGAGAUGAAACUCUGAGUGAAGCUUCAAUAAGAAGGUGGGCUAUCAAAAUAAAAAAAGCAAGAAAAAAUCUUGAAGACUUGCCAAGAUCUGGUCGUCCAAAGACAGCUCUAACAGAUCAAAAUAAAGAAGCAGUUGACAGGCUUAUCAGGGAAGAUCAAACCACAUCUCAGAGAGCAAUUGCCAAAAAUUUGGAUAAUGGUCAAGAGGCUGUUGGGAAGAUGAUUAAGGAGCUGGGGUACAGAAAAAUUUGUGGUAAAUGGAUCCCCUAUAAUAAUCUUAAUCAGGAUCAAAAAGAGGUAAGGGUGAGUCAUUGCAUGGAACUACUUGAUAGACACAUGGCAAAAAAAGAAUCAUUUUUGAAAAAAAUAGUAAUUGGAGAUGAAUCUGAGGUUUAUCUCCAUGAUCCUGAAUCAAAGAGGGCUUCCCUAACCUACAAACAUACAUCAUCUCCACCUGAAAAAAAGCUAAAAAUGACUAAAUCAGUUGAAAAACUGAUGUGUACAGUUUUCAGGGACUGUUCAGGAUUAAUCCAUCUUGAAUUUAUGGAUUACUGUGAAACAAUCAACCCAAUAGCCUAA